UCCUGUCGUAUAAUGAGUGUUCACUGUAUCAAUUUCCCUGAAUUCGUUAGUAGGAUCCAAGGAAUAUUUAAAAUGGUGUUGAGACCGAAGAUUUAUGAUAAGUUGAAAAUUGACAGCGACCUGGAGUCUCUCUAUCAGGUGAUACCGAAAGAAUGUUUACCUUCCGAAUAUGGUGGUUCUUGUAGCAGCAUCCAGAGUUUGUUGAAAAAAUGGGAUGAAGUUUUGCAAACCCACCGUGAUUUUUUUUUAGAAAAUUACAAAAACGUUUCGUUGGAGCAUUUAUGACCAGCUGAUUUUAACAAAAGUGAUGCAUUUGGACCUGAAGGUACUUUCAAAAAGUUAAGCAUUGACUAAUAGAAUAAUACAGGGCAUAUGAUAACAUUAAUUAUAUACCUACAUGUUUAAUAUGUUGUCAUAAUUUCUGUUUUACUAGUAUAAUAAUAGCACCAUUAUUUUGUCUUUG